AUGGAUUCAGCAGAGAAGACCUUCAACGGCAUACCGAUCGAAGCCAUCAUCAACCCCUCCAAAGACAAUCCCGUGCUCGUCGAACGAAUCUCCAGACGCAAGGUCAAAGCACCAGAGCUCGCCAUCGUUGAACCAGACCCAGAAUGGCCUACUCACUUCCAAACCUUCAGACUACGCAUCCUCGCCGCGUUCGAGCACCAUGACCCCGACACCGGAAUUCAUCACCCAAGCGGACCGCAGGAGGCCGUUGGAGUCAGAGUCUCGACCAUCAACCACGUCGGCUCAACCUCAGUCCCUGGUCUUUCAGCCAAAGCCGUCGUCGACAUCGAUCUCGUGCUCUCAGGCAAUCCACUAACAGAUGAGCCUUACUAUGUGCCGCGCCUCGAGGCUGCCGGGUUUCAGUUCCUGCUGAGAGAGCCUGCAUGGUAUGGACAUCGUUUCUUCUGCGCCUCGGAGCCUAUGUCGUGUAAUCUGCACGUCUGGGGCCCCAAUUGUGCGGAAGUGGAGAGGCACCGCAUCUUCAGGGACUGGUUGAGGGAGCAUGAGGAUGAGAGGGAGUUGUAUGCGCGGGCGAAGAGGGAGUGUGCGGCUGCAGCGAGAGAGAACGGUGAGGUGAUGGAUGUCUACACUUCUAGGAAGAAUGAGGUGGUGUAG